CUUCCUUAAAAAAAAUCUAGGAAGAAGAAAAAUUGAAAAUGAAUUUGUAAUGGUGCAUGUGUGAUUAAACUUCAGUUUUUAAAACUAUUUUGAAUUUUAAGAAUUUUGGAAAAAUAUUUUGUAUUUUAUUUACAUUUUACGUAGUGUUCAAUAUGACCAGAUCUAAAAUUGAACUUGGAGAUGUGACGCAGCAUAACAUAAAACAACUCAAACGAUUAAACACAGUUGUAUUCCCAGUAUCGUACAAUGAAAAAUUUUACAAAGAUGUUUUGGAAGUAGGAGAAUUGGCCAAAUUAGCUUACUACAAUGAUAUUGUUGUGGGUGCAGUAUGUUGUCGCAUCGACACGUCAGAACAUGCUCGUAGACUGUACAUAAUGACAUUGGGUUGUCUCUCGCCCUACAGACGGUUAGGAAUCGGAACCCUCAUGGUACAACAUGUUCUCAAUUAUGUUGAAAAAGAUGGAAAUUAUGAUAACAUUUACCUGCAUGUACAAGUAAACAACACAGGCGCUAUAGAAUUUUACAAGAAAUUUGGCUUUGAAAUACACGAAACAAAGAAACACUAUUACAAACGCAUAGAACCAGCUGAUGCUCACGUGUUACAGAAGACGCUGAGACCUACGUUAACCAAUGGUGAAGUCAACCAUGUAUCGGAGAAGUGAUAUUAGUUAUAAAUGCGUGCCCACAUCACCUGUUUGUACCAUUUUCUCUAUUUAUUUCUUGAUUGGCUACUGUUUUACAUAACUAAAUCUAAGUUAUUUGGUCAAAGACUUCUUGUACAUUUUUAUUGUAUCACAAUAUUGUCAAUCUGACGUGUCUUCCUUUUUUUCCAACCCUUUUUGUCAUUGUAACUUAUUUAAAUUUAAUAGUCAUCUAUUAUAAAAUUUUAAUUUGUAAUAAUAGCUGAUGCCUGCCAAAAUGAACGGAUGAAAUAAUAAUUAUUGUUGACACAUGUUGUUUGAAAAUAUAGAUAUUCCCAUUUUCUAAUGCUUUUAUAUGCUAUUUGAUAAGGUCUCUUUUAUUAUUUAUUUUCUUAUGACGUAUACAAUGAUUUAAUUUUUAAUUCUUAUACACUGUCUUUGAACGGGCCAUGAAACUUAGUGUAUAUAAAAUUUAAGUGUUCUCUUUUUCUUUAUUAUGUGAUUAAAAGUAUAUAUUUAUUUGUUUGAGAAGCUAAAUGGUAAGAGCAGUCAAGGAGAUGAUAUGUUUCUGUUUAAAUGAUUGGAUUUGAUCAGUUUGGGAUGUUACUUCUGUGUGUUACGAUCUAUUGUAAAAACUGUUGAUCAACUGCAAGUAUGAGAUAGUAUUACCUUAUUUGUUCUUCUUUCCCUUCAAGCCACUAGUAAAUAAAUUGUUUGUUCAUUUUUA